AUUACGCACCAAACCACCACCCUCCAUUGUCGAAGGAGAUUACACACACACAGAGCUUUAUCACUCUGUUUCCCUCUCACUUUCUCUCUAUCUAUACAUACAGAUUCUCUAUCUCUAUCUCUAUCUCUAUCCGUAUUCCUCCAUUAAAGUACUCUCCAUGGUCCCCGGAGAUAGAGUUAUCGACUUAUAAAAUCAUGUUUCGAGACUUUUAGUUGACGGUAUCAUUCUCUGACAAUGGGACACUAUUAAUUCACAUGAAUUUGGUUGAAGAGGUUGGAGGAUUGAGAUUCUUCAUUCGUAUAGUUGUUGCAGUUUGAAAUUCACUGAUUUUGUUAUGUUUGUGAGAUGGAUCCGCCGGUGAUGAUGAACGGAGGUGAUUUCCGAUCAAGUAACGCCGCGUCGUCGUUUUGUAGUAUGACGGAGAUCCUGCCGUACCAUGUCAAUUUCGGUGGUGGCGUCGGUAAUGUGGCGUCAUUUGGUUUGGGACAUUUGAUUGGGAACAGCGACGAUGAUAAUAAUAGCGGUAGUAGUGUUGAUGCGUUUAUGAAGACUGGAGGUCAUGUUUCUGUUGAUGAUCCGAUGGAUUUGGACCAGAGAGGGAGUAAUUUUCACAGUAAGAAGCGACGUGAAGAAGAUGAUUCGUCUAAACGAGUUUCAAUCAAUAGCCCUAGCAAUAACAAUGGCAAUUGCAAGAGUGAUUGUGAAGGUAAACGCCUGAAAUCAAUGGGGACUGAAUAUGAAAUAUUCGAAGCUAAUGUCAAAGCCGAUAGAAGUUCUGGAAAACAAACAGAGAACAACAUGAAACCAUCUGAGCCACCUAAACAAGAUUACAUCCAUGUGAGAGCUCGAAGAGGUCAAGCCACUGAUAGCCACAGUCUAGCAGAAAGAGCUAGAAGAGAAAAGAUAAGCGAGAGGAUGAAAAUUCUUCAAGAUCUAGUUCCUGGGUGUAAUAAGGUUAUUGGGAAAGCAAUGGUCCUAGAUGAAAUAAUCAAUUACAUUCAAGCAUUACAACGACAAGUUGAGUUCUUAUCGAUGAAGCUUGAAGCUGUCACUUCAAGAUCACACCCCAACUCCGAACAAUUUCCUUCAAAAGACUAUGGUUGCCAAACGUAUGACAUGGUAAGCAUGCCGUUUGUUUCCCAACCAACAAGAGAGUUUAGUAGGGGAUCAUCACCGGAAUGGUUACACAUGCAAAUUGGUGGCAACUUCGAAAGAACAACGUAAUUUCAACAUAAUCCAUUAUCAACAACAAUAAGACCCAUUUAAAGGAAGCCAUAAAAUUAUGGGUUAAUAGCUUAGUGACUACUACAAAAAGUUAAUGAAAAAAUCUUGAAACUAUAUCUAUAUAUCUUCAUUUAGUUUGUGUGUUACGAUAUUUAGGCACAAUUUCUUUACAUGCACGCUAUGGCGUAUAGUUGUUUUCAUAUUGUAUACCUCUAUAAAGUAUGUGAGAUUUUUUUUUAAACAUAAAUCAUAUAGUUUGUUUAAUAAGAAUUAGGGUUUGUACUAAGAAAAUAAAGAUUCAUCGUGUAAAGUAAACUCUAAUAUACUUUUACUUUA